AUGGCAGCAGCCAAAUGGUUGAUUGCCUCCUUGGCGUUUGCCUCGUCAGGGCUUGCAUUCACUCCAGAGGACUUCAUCUCUGCUCCACGAAGAGGAGAGGCCAUCCCAGACCCCAAGGGUGAGCUCGCCGUCUUCCAUGUCUCCAAGUACAACUUCGACAAGAAGGACCGCCCAUCCGGCUGGAACCUCUUGAACCUCAAGAACGGUGACAUCAGCGUUCUUACUACCGACAGUGAUGUCUCUGAGAUCACCUGGCUCGGAGAUGGCACCAAGGUCGUCUACGUUAACGGAACCGACUCCGUCAAGGGGGGUGUUGGUAUCUGGAUCUCUGAUGCCAAGAACUUCGGCAAUGCCUACAAGGCCGGUUCCGUCAACGGAGCGUUCUCUGGCCUCAAGCUCGCUAAGUCCGGAGACAAGAUCAACUUUGUUGGUUACGGUCAAUCCACAACAAAGGGUGACCUCUACAACGAGGCCGCCGCUAAGGAGGCUGUCAGCUCUGCUCGCAUCUACGACAGUCUUUUCGUUCGCCAUUGGGAUACCUAUGUUGGCACUCAGUUCAAUGCCGUCUUCUCUGGUGCUCUCACCAAGAAUGGCGACAAGUACAGCUUCGAUGGCAAGCUCAAGAACCUCGUUCAGCCCGUCAAGUACGCUGAGUCUCCUUACCCACCAUUCGGCGGCUCUGGUGACUACGAUCUCUCCUCUGAUGGCAAAACCGUCGCCUUCAUGAGCAAGGCCCCAGAGCUUCCAAAGGCCAACCUCACCACCUCUUACAUCUUCCUCGUUCCACACGAUGGUUCCCGCGUCGCUGAGCCCAUCAACAAGCGCAAUGGUCCUCGCACUCCACAGGGCAUUGAGGGUGCUUCCUCCAGCCCAGUCUUCUCUCCAGACGGCAAGAGAAUUGCAUACCUCCAGAUGGCAACCAAGAACUACGAGUCUGACCGCCGUGUCAUCCACAUUGCUGAGGUUGGCUCUAACAAGCCAGUUCAGCGCAUUGCUAGCAACUGGGACCGUUCUCCCGAGGCUGUCAAGUGGUCUUCUGAUGGCCGCACCCUCUACGUCACUGCUGAGGACCAUGCUACCGGAAAGCUCUUCACCCUCCCAGCUGAUGCUCGCGACAACCACAAGCCUGAGGUUGUCAAGCACGACGGUUCCGUCAGCUCUUUCUACUUCGUCGGCAGCUCCAAGUCUGUCCUCAUCAGCGGUAACUCCCUCUGGUCCAACGCUCUCUUCCAGGUUGCUACUCCCGGCCGCCCUAACCGCAAGCUCUUCUAUGCCAACGAGCAUGACCCUGAGCUCAAGGGUCUUGGUCCAAACGAUAUUGAACCUCUCUGGGUUGAUGGUGCCCGCACCAAGAUCCACUCUUGGAUCGUCAAGCCAACCGGUUUCGAUAAGAACAAGGUCUACCCACUUGCAUUCCUCAUCCACGGUGGUCCUCAGGGCUCCUGGGGUGACAGCUGGAGCACCCGCUGGAACCCACGCGUCUGGGCUGACCAGGGAUACGUUGUCGUUGCUCCUAACCCAACUGGUAGCACUGGUUUCGGCCAGAAGCUGACCGACGACAUCACCAACGACUGGGGUGGUGCUCCAUACAAGGAUCUCGUCAAGAUCUGGGAACACGUCCACAACAACAUCAAGUACAUUGACACUGACAACGGUAUUGCUGCUGGUGCCUCCUUCGGUGGUUUCAUGGUCAACUGGAUCCAGGGACAAGAUCUCGGACGCAAGUUCAAGGCCCUCGUCUCCCAUGACGGUACCUUCGUUGGAUCCUCCAAGAUCGGAACUGACGAGCUCUUCUUCAUUGAACACGACUUCAACGGAACCUUCUUCGAGGCUCGCCAGAACUAUGACCGCUGGGAUUGCUCUAAGCCAGAGCUCGUCGCCAAGUGGUCCACCCCCCAGCUCGUCGUCCACAACGACUUCGACUUCCGUCUCUCCGUCGCUGAGGGUGUCGGUCUCUUCAACGUCCUCCAGGAGAAGGGUGUUCCCAGCCGUUUCCUUAACUUCCCCGAUGAGACCCAUUGGGUCACCAAGCCAGAGAACUCUCUCGUUUGGCACCAGCAGGUCCUCGGAUGGGUCAACAAGUGGUCUGGCAUCAACAAGAGCAACCCUAAGUCCAUCAAGCUUUCGGAUUGCCCCAUUGAGGUCGUUGACCAUGAGGCUCACUCUUACUUCGACUAUUAG